CCCUUCCCUACUAUCAUGGACAUAAUCCAAUUGCCAAUUACUAUCAUGGCUUCCAAGGGACCUGUCUGUCUCAGUUAUGUAUUUCUCAAGCCCGAAGAAGCAACUUUCAUCGAGCUCAUUCGCCUCCUCUUUUCCUCUGACAUAGAAAAGAGAAAAUUCAUCACCUCCUCGGCAGUAAAAAAACUUGACUUCAAACGGAGGUUGAUAAUCUUCCUCUCUGCGGUGAUUCAAUGCAUCCUCCUUCUCUUAAGAAAACCCAUGGCUUGGCUUGGGGGUGUUCUGGAGAAGUGGCUAAAUCUUGUAUCAAGCAACGGUGGAUUGCUCUUGCUCAUCCUAAACUGGCUAAAAGGAAAGGUGGUGAUACCAGAAUCAUCAUCAACCAGAUCCGUGCUUGGAUUUCUUGACACACGAAUUGAAUUAGACGACAACAUCAAACCUGACGACACAAGAUAUAACGGGUCGCUGUCCAUGAUGGCAGCCAAAUUGUCGUACGAGAAUGAAGAAUUCAUUGAAAAAGUUGUCAGUGAAUACUGGAAGAUGAAACUCGUGGCGUUCCACAAAUUUUGGAAUGGUUACGAGAAACAAGAAUCAACCCAAGCCUUCGUGUUCCAAGACACAACAUCUGACCCCAACUUGGUUUGGGUCGCAUUUAGAGGCACUGAACCAUUCAGCGCCGACGAUUGGAGGACAGAUUUUGACAUCUCAUGGUGCGAGUUUGCCGGAAUCGGCAAGACCCACGGAGGCUUUAUGAAAGCUCUCGGCAUGCAAACAGAGAAAAGCUGGCCCCUCGAACCCGAAACACAAGAUCAUGAGUUUGCUUACUACAAAAUCAGACAAAUUCUGAUGGAUUUAUUGCAAGAAAACAAGAAUGCCAAAUUUAUAUUGACAGGUCACAGCUUAGGAGGGGCACUGGCGGUGCUGUUUGCAUCGGUGCUGGCAAUGCAUGACUUCGAGGAUAAAUAUGCCUGGUUGAUGGAGAGGUUGGAGGGGGUGUACACUUUUGGACAGCCGAGGGUGGGGGAUGAGAAAUUUGCGGGCUAUGUAACGAAGAAGAUGAAAAAUUAUGCUGUGAGGUAUAUGAGGUAUGUUUAUUCCAGUGACUUGGUGCCUAGGGUACCAUUUGAUGAUACAACUCUAUUGUUUAAGCACGUUGCUCCAUGCCUUUAUUUCAACAGCUUCUAUAAAGGGAAGGAGUUGGAGGAGGCACCCAACAAGAACUACUUCAAUUUGCUUUUCUUCAUACCGAUGCGGUUAAAUGCAUCGUGGGAGCUGAUUAGGAGUUUCAUGCUCCCAUUAAUAAAGGGUUCAGAAUACAAGGAAAGCUGCCUUAUGAUAAUGACUAGGGUUUUUGGUUUAAUAUUUCCUGGAUUGGUAGCUCAUGCUCCUCAAGAUUAUGUCAAUGUUACUCGAUUGGGAUCGAUCCGUCCUACAUGCCACUCUCAAAAGCUUACCUCCAGAAAAUAAAUCUAAAGUAGAUUCAAGUUAUGUCGAUCUAGCUACUAAUAAUCCAACUGGACAAACGAUACACUACUAAAAAAAAAGUUGCUUUCGCAGCAAAACUUCUCCUGGCAAACAUGGUGUUUGCUGGGAAAGGUUGACAAACCAAAUAAAUUCGUUAUGUUAUAUGCUAUAGCCUAUAUACAACGUUAUCUAUUCUAUGUAUGAUCUACGUUAUGGAAUAAAUCAUUCAAGAGUGAUUUUAUUUACCGAUGACA